AUGAGAAGAUGUGGAGGGGGGAGCUUGCAACUGGUGCGUUCGGCCCAUGUGAAGAGAACUCUUGCCUGGCCCACCGAAUAUAAAGCAGAAGCAGUACCAUUAACCCAUCCCAAGAAAGACCAUUCGAGUUCGUUUAACAGACAAUUGAAGUCAUGGCUUGGGCCUAGAAACGUGAGGGGCGAGUAUUUCAGAAACAAGUAUUACUACCCACCGCAGAACCACACUCCUAAUUAUAUAGUUCCCGAUGGACAAUCGGUGGUGAGUUCGACCAAAAGUCAGGUUCCAUCCUCGAGAUACCGUUUAAACGGUAGAAACCCCUCGCUCCAUCCGUUCCCCACCAAUCUCGCAUGUAAGACUGCCUCGAUCAUUCCUAAUAAUUUAAAAGAUGUCAUAUACCAACGAGUUGCUGAAGAAGGGGUGUCACCUCAUGUGAUUGCCAACGAUUAUAAAAUCAAGGUUGAUAGAGUAGAGGCCAUUGUGACAUUGGCUAAAGUUGAAAAAAGACUCAGACAAGAAAAUAAAAUAAGCAAGGACGCUGAAAAAUUCUCCCAGAUAAUGUACCGUAUGUUCCCAUUAUUUUCAGCCCGUUCCCAUUCAGAAAACUUGACCGAAAUUCCAAUUCCCCGUAAAACUUUGCAACAGCGUUUCUUGAGUAUUUCCGAAUCAGAACCUUUUGGUCCAGUUGACGCUGCCAAAGUCUUGGGAUUGGAACCAGCUAGUGAAACUUUGCAAAACAUCACCAAGCACACUCAUGACGAAGAGCAACAAAAACAUCAUAAGGUCGUUAUGGGUGAAUCCAAGAAAGGCGACAAAGUCGAUUUCAAAUUCAUCCAGGCUAAAUCAGGUAACGUUGGUUUCAGAUACGGUGCUUCCAGAAGAGAUCGUAAGAAAGACAGAGCCGUCAGUUUCGACAAAGAAGGUCGUAUGGUCUACACCCCAUAA